CAGGGGAGGAGGGAGAGAGGAGGGAGGAGGGAGGAGGCGCCGCGCGCCGGCCCGGGGCUCAGCGCCACAGCGGAGCGGUCAGGUCCCGUCCCCUCCCGGCCCGUCCUGCGCGAAGCGCUGCUGCCGGAACCGAGCCAGCGGGGCAGCGGGACCCGGCUCGCACUAGCUGGACCAGCGGCAGCCACAGAGGGGAGAGCGCCUCCGUGUCCGUCCGUCCGUCCGUCCCUCCCUCCCUCCCCCGUUAUCUUCGCUCCCCCGGGGGGCUCGGUGCGGGAUUGUCACUGUGAAGAGCGGGCUGGGGUUUAAUUACUGGAACAAAGUUAUUCCUUUGGACUUUUGAGGCCAGAGCGGCGACUCCAGUGUAGUAGGCGAACUUGGGAGCUGCACCAUGUCUGACCGGAAGGCUGUCAUCAAGAAUGCGGACAUGUCUGAGGACAUGCAGCAGGACGCAGUGGACUGCGCGACGCAGGCCAUGGAGAAGUACAACAUAGAGAAAGACAUCGCUGCCUACAUCAAGAAGGAAUUCGACAAGAAAUACAACCCCACCUGGCACUGCAUCGUGGGGCGGAAUUUUGGUAGCUACGUCACGCAUGAGACCAAGCACUUCAUCUAUUUUUACUUGGGUCAAGUGGCCAUCCUUCUCUUCAAGUCCGGUUAGGGCCAGGGGCGCCAGGCGGAGCUGGGACUGAAAAGCACCGAUGGCGAGCGCCCGGAUUCCCUUUCCAAUGGCUCUGCUACUGCAUGGACUGUAUACUCGACUUCAUGUGUAUAUGUUGCAGUAAAAAAAUACCUACUUCUGUUUAGUUGCCCGGGGAAA